UUAUUAUUAUUAUGUUUUUUUCUGUAUUGAAGAAAGAAAUUAAUGGGCCAUCAAGCCCAACCAAGCCUGCCAAGGUACUCUGCUGUGACUGUUGCAGUGCAUUCACUGUUGUGUAUGAUGAAACUCAUACCUUGUCUCUUCUUCAUCCCAUUUCUCUGUCACUCCUAAAGCAAAUUUCAAUCCAGUUUACUGGUGGCUCCCAGCUCAGCCAUGUGUCCAUAUCUCCAGAUGAACAGCUCAUCUUGUGUGCUGCUAGUAGCGGGAUUGUCACAAUUAUUAAGGCAAAAUCAGGAGAAGUUUUGUGUCAAGUGCAAGACCACCGAGGUGAGAGAAUUACGAGUAUUGUGUGGCAAUGCACUGUUGGUGAAGAACAAAAAGGUUCAUCAUGUGUGUUUCUGGGAGAUGAUACUGGUCUUGUGACUUCAGUGAACAUCCCUAAAACAAAGGUUGCUGCUCUUUUCAAAAAUUUGAGCACAAGGCUUUUGAAACUGUCUUCAAGAAUAACUCAAUUGGAUUUCCUCGAUGACAAGCUUCUCGUGUCAACAUUAUCUGGAUCUUAUAUAUGUGACACAAAGAGAGAAUGCUUCACCAGAAUUGGGGAUAAAAAUAAAGCCGGAAAAUUUGGAGGUUGUCUCUUGUUGGUUUGGCCGUGCAUAAAGACUAGUGACUUGGCUAAUCAAAAUUUAAAGAGCGUCCCUACCGGUACGGCGCCAAAUGAAGACAUCAAAUUACGUCACGUGAUGGGUGGUGAGCACAGCACUGACAACCUGGCUGCUCUUCAAUGUUUUGAUAAUGAAUACAUUCAAAAUGUUGAGUCAUUUUACUGUGGUCAGGUAACUCGAAAGCUUUCGGGUUUAUCAAACUCGUCAUCUAGAACUAAUGGAUCUUGCCUUCCUGUUAGAGACGAAGAUGGCUCUACAGUAACUUUAGCUGCCUGUCCCAACAGUGAUACUAACUUACUUAAGGCAUGUCAAGAAGAAGUCCGUUGUUUCACUGGGCGCCCGAAAGCCCGGGUGUGGGAGUCUGAUUCAAGUGGUUGUGUUCUGCAGACGCAUCAACUUCUAGAUGUGUUGGCUGUGCCAUCCUUGCCUAUUUAUGAUACGGAAGUUGAUGGACAGAUCACGAGUGAUUCAAAUGAUAGCAGUUUUCUCUUUGAACAAAUCAGAGCUUCUAAUUUGCUUCCAUGUGAUGGCGGUGAUAGGACAAAUCAUCAUGCUGUUGAAACAUCUUGGGACUCUGAGACAUUUUCAUCAUCAAAUUCAGGCAGAAGCUCCCCAUUUUUGUCGUCUAUUGCUUUCAGCCAGAUUUCACGCUUUCAAAGCAAAUAUUUGCUGUUGGUUUGUUCUUUGGGAAUAUACUGCUUUGAUCCAUCAUGUUGCUCAAUUAUUUUCUUUUUAAAUGUUCACCCAGAUGGAGAAGUAAAAAUAAGGCGCAACAAUAUCUUAUUCUUGUGUAAUGGAACAUUCACGAAACUAACUAUUAUGAGUCCUGAGGUUGCUAUCAUGACACUGCACUCAAUGCAACAUCUGCAGAGUUGUAUGCACCUAUCACUGCAGCAUCUGAACCUGUUUGAGUGCUCAGCAGUUCUCUGCAGAGUACGUAAUAUCAUAAUUCGGGAUCUUUUAGCUGGCUCAUUAGAAAUUAAUGAUGAUGACCGGUGCAAACUGGAACAAAUCAUUCAAUGUUCCUCAAUUAGUGAUGAUUUCAAAACCUGCGCCCGCUUCAUUCAAGUUCCAGUAAACUCGAUAAAUUCACAUGCUGAAAGUGAGAACCUUGUUCAAAAUCAGAGUUUGCUCGAGAAAUCACGUUUCAAUUGUCUAAAUAAUCAGGAUGAUCGACCAAUCAGUAACAGUCCCAUCUACCGUCCCAGUGAUGUCAACUCCAUACUGCCGCUGCUUCGUCCCCGACCUGUGUUGGGUGUCCGAGGCGGAUACAUCGCUUCACCUUCAACUAAUCUCCUCUCUGGCAACAGUGUGCUUCAGGACUUGGUUGAGAGUGUUGCUUUCAAUGUCUCUUCAUCUGAUUUACUCUCAGCUUUUUCUUCCAGAGUCACCGCAGUUGCAAAACGUUCGUAUGAUUCUGUUGCCAAUAAUCUAACAGAUUUUCCUUCAUUUCAUGUAAACUCAGACACUGAGCCUCUUGCAACUAAUAACUUAAGUCAUACUUCACCUUCCAUUGACGAGUUUUGGCCGAAUGAUGACGCCACAGGAGAAAAUUUGCUUUCCACUCCCAUGCCUACAAGUUGUUCACAGUCAGCAUCUGACGCCAGUAACGGAACACCAAAUUCAUGCGAAGAAAAACAUGCAAGUUUCAGUGAUGAUGACUUGAUUGUUGUGCGCAGUGUCAGUCACGGUAAAAGAAAGCACAAAGCUGUAUACAGUAAAGAAAAGUCGUGCCACACUAAUACUCUUCCACUGAAAGAAAAGUUGCUGGACAGAGAACCUACUGUUCAACCAAACGUCGCUGCAUUGAAGGAUGACUCUUUGAAAAAAGUUUCUUCUGAGCUUUUGAAAAUAACAAUGGAUUCACUGAGAGAAACUAAGGAAUUGUCCAAGCAGUAUUUAAUGAUUAAAUCUCUUUCUAAUUGGCUCUGUGAAUUUUUAGGAACUCUGAAAAUACUUGGAUUUUUAAAUUCUAAUGAAACAGAUUUAUGUAAUUUAGCUUUAAGGGAAAAAUGUGUGCAAGAUAGUUUUUCGCCAAAUAAAACCAAUAAUUUUGGUAUCUUGAAAGUUAACGUAUCAAAUAUGCUUGUCCUUUGCUUAAAGUAUAAAAUUAGACUGGAUUUUACACUCCAAAAGAAUAAGCUUAAUCCAGAAAAGUCUACUGUUAUUGAAUGUCAUUCUUUGUCUUCUGAUUUGGCCGGCCAGACUGACCAAUUUUAUGCUUUAUUAUUCACAGCAGGCGCUAUUUUCAUUGAUUAUGAGGUUGUAAUUAAUAACUUUCCUCUGCCAAACUUCUAUACUUUCUUGAAUACUUGGCGGGUUAUUCUGCAUCACAUCGCUUGUGAUUCUCCUUCUGAUUUGACGUCUCAAUCACCCAUCAUAGAAAUCUUACCUAACCUGGACUUCAAUAGAUGCCAACGCUUGUCAGUAAUGAGACGAGCACUCGACCGAGGAGGUGCACAAGAGCUUGUCAAGACUGCUGUCGGCUUUUGCCAUCGUUCAACUAUUUUUGAAGUUCUCUUAUUGCUUGUAAGUUAUUUGCCUCAUGAAAAAUUCCUCUCCGACAACCGUACUUUGCCCUCAAAACAGAAAAGCCCCAUGCCACUAGACAUGCUGUGUCUUUAUCUCACUAAAAUGAAUCAAUUGGGUGUCGCUCAAUUUUUUUAUGUUGAGCUGUGGAGCAGCUGCCGAGAGCUGCAGUAUGACAUCAUUCAGUGCAUUCUGGAGAAUACCCAACAUGAAUUUCGCUCCUGUGAUUGUGGUGCUUUGCUUCCAAUGGUGCUCCCAAAGCAAUCAAUGUUGGAAUUGCUUUAUGGUAUACUAACGGGUCCAUUAUAUGACCCUGUGGUAGUGUAUGAAUUGUGCUAUGCUGCUGGAUACUGGCAAGGCUGCUUCUUGGUGACAGCCAUGCACGAUGUAAGUUGCUUGGAGGACUAUGUUAAUUACGCUCUCCAGAGCUGCUCGCAUCGCAUCAUCAAGCUUUUAUUACAAAAUCUUCAGCCGCCGCAAGUUUCAGUGCUGAUUUCAGCUCUUGCAAAUCUCUGCGAUGAAGUAUCGCCUCACCAGCUACGAUGCUACCAGUGUCGUCUUGUUAAAGAUAUCAAGUCUGUUAACGCCGGUGAUGCUCAAGAUAACGCUAGUGAUGUCUAUGAUGAUGGAGAUGUGCUGCAGUUACCAGAAAUAUGGCUGCUGUGCACGGCUGCGGCUGUAGGACUGUGUGGAGGAUCCCUGACGCUGCAGAUGCUGCAGGCCGCGGUCGCAAACGUCUGUAUCCUGCCUGGAGUUAUACCUCCCCGAGUGUACCGCGCGCUGGUCGUGGCUGACAACGCCGACGCCGUCACCGCAACGCUGCGGCGCUCAUGGCUCGCUGCCGUCCGCAGCACCCCCACGUACUCCCUGCCACUGCCGGAAAAACGUCGUAUCCUCCGAUGCGCCCGAGAUGAAUGGCUAGCGAAUUCGGAUCCUCCGGCGUCUGCCGUCAAUGAGACCUUCGAACAAUCUACACUCGGCAUAGUAGAGGAGAUCAAGUCUGCUCCCUGCGAAAUCGGUUUUGGAAACUCUCCUGUCCGUUUGCAUAAACCCAAAGUUUGUGGGAAUAUUUCUCUAACUGAUCAUGAGUGCGAGCUCAAUUUUCAAAUGAAUUCCAGAGUUGCUGGAACAAUGUCGGCCAUGCCAAUCACCGAGAAUGUGCAGACGGAACUUGUUCCCGAAAACACCCCUAAGAAUGGAACAGAGCUUUCGUGCUCAGCUGCAUUGAGCUUGAAGCUCAAGCGCCCAAUAUAUGUCUCUUGUAGACGCCAGUGUAGAGUUCUGGUGCCAACUUACGGCGUUAUUCUAGAUCUUGUAGGCAGCAAAUGCAUUGUGUGUCAAGUGUGCUUGUCACUUCCGUCACUCCUUGUUCCUUACAAAACGUGUUCCAUUCUGCGAUGUGAUAAAGCUUCAUUCUCUGAAGCAAGAUAUAGGAAGCCAAAUAAUUCUUUGAUGCCAUGCCGCAAAUCUCGGCAACUGCGAAAUUUGAACAGUAUUGACCACUUCUUCAGUGCCAUUGCUAAUCCAUUCAAUGAUCCUAAGAAUAAAAGCCCUACGAACUGUGAUAGUCUUCGUACUGAUGACGAUCAUUUGCUUGCGGACGAGGUUUCAGGACUUUGGGUACAUCUAUGCUCCCACGCUGCCCACGUCAUCUGUGCUCUGACUCAUGGUCUCUGAAAGAUCGUCCGCUCUUAGCGUGUGUACGGACCAGGCAUCAAGUCCAGCAGCUAUCUCAAUCGUCAGUUAUGGAAGAUCGGGUUCCAA